AGAACACCGGGCAUGCAGGAAGGUGAUUGGCUGUCGCAGCACCUCGCAACCUGAGUAAACUCAGCUUUAACGAGCUUUAAUAACUAACAACAUGCCGCCAAAGAAACGCAAAGGAAAGGCUAAAAAGCCCAAAAGCAGCAAAACUGAGCGAGUCGCAGGAGAUGAAGUUGCUCAGAGCUACAGGAGAAGUUUACUGGAAGUGGCUGUUCUAAAAGACCGCCUCGCACUGAAGACAGACGUGGCUCAGCAGGCGAUAUCAGCAAGAGAUGAUCUGCAGUAUCAGAUAAGAGACCUGAAGCAGACGCUUUCUCAAGAGAAACUAGGCAUGAAGGAUAUCACUACAGAUCUAAACCGUCAGUAUAAAACCUUACAAACAAACCUGGAAGCCAAAGUGGAAUAUUUAGAAACAAGGGUGUCCGAGCUUCAGCAACAACUUGAUCAGUGUCAGGGGGAUUUAAAAACAGAAAGAGAACAACGAGAACAAACAGAAGAGGGGAAAGAUGCCCAGAUUACUGACCUGCAGAGCAAACUGGACAACAUGGAAACGGAAUAUGAAAAAAUCCUACAUGGCUGUUUGGACAGUCUACUCUCUCAUUUAGCUGAAGCUCGGAGGAACUGGGAGGACGUGAGUUCAGAUAUUCAUCAGGAGUUCAAGGACAUGCUUAUUGAGCUCCGGCUAAACCCACAUUACAUAUAAACCAGACGAGACCAACAACACUACUAAAUUAUACUCAACAAUCAACAAUCACUGAUGAAUUUGUCUUUAACCCUCCUGUUUUGUUCUGGGUCAAAUUGAUUGAUCUAGGAAAAAUAGCUAAAAGUAUUUUUUCAGUAUGAAACUUCUUCUGCUUGCAUUAAUUAGUGUAAUCAACACAUAAUAUGAAAAUGAUUCAUCUCACAUAUUUGCAACAACCACCCCGUACAAAAACUAAAACUAAAACAAAAUUGCAAUGUUAUACUUAUAUAUUGGUUUCAAAAGUAAUAAAGUAGUGAAACAUGUAUUUAUGUAUUUUAUAUACCUGUUUAUUACCUGUAAGAGGUAAGGAAUACCAUUGCACUUAAUAUUAUUAUAAUAAUUAGCAAUCGAGUUAGUAAUGAAAUAUUUACACUGGUUGUUAGAUAGUUUGAUUUCAGAUCAUCUUUUAGAUAAUUAAACAUGCACCGGGUCAAACUGAUCUGGGAACACCAUUGCUGUUACUGACAAAUCAUAACAGGAGGCUUAAGGGAUGAUGCUUAUUUUAUGUGUGUUUUUUAUGUAAAGGAAAUCCGAUGACACAUUGACACAUACUCAUGAAAAUAUAUUGUUAUAUUUAGUCUUUAGAAAUGACUUCCUUGCUUUUAUGUUUCCAGCAAAACAUUAAACGUAUUUAUAGAAGUGCACAUGAUUUAAUUGUUCACCUAAACACCUAAAGGGGAAAUAGUAUAGACAAGACAGUCCUUCUUACAUUUAUUUUAGCCUUUUAUUUAUUGCAGAUAUAUUUCUGCCUAACUGCUAAUAUAUAGUACCAGUCAAACGUUUGGAUUCACCUAAUUUUAUUGUUUUUUCAUUAAAUUAGUUGAAAUCAUUGUGUUUGCAUUGUAGAUUAAAACUAAAGUAAAUAAAGAUCUGGAAUUAUUUAGUAAACAAAACAAAAAAAGUGUUAAACAAACCAGAAUAAUAAACCAGUUUUAUAUUUUAGAUUCUUCAAAGUAUCUCCUCUUGUUUAGAUGAUCAGUUUUGAACAUCUCUGCUGGAUUUUCUCAGUCAGUUUUAUGAGGUAGAGUCUCCUGGAAUUCAGGCUUUCAGUUAACAGCUGUGCUGAACUCAUCAAGAGUUAAUUACUUGAAUUUCUUGUCUCUUAAUAAAGUGUUUGAGAGCAUCAGUUAAAGUAAAUUAGUGAAGAGGUAGAGUUACAGGUAUACAGUGAAUAUUUUAGUAAUGUUCUAAUCCAGAUUAUUAUAACAACUACUCAACUAAAUAAAGAAAAAAAAUUAAUGCUAAAAUUAUGUACUUUUCUAUGUUAAGUAUACUUUAAAAAAAUAUACUAAAAUGCACUUUUCUUUUACAUGGGUAAAAACUUAGGGACAUCAUGAGAACCACAUAAAAUAAUUAUCAUUAGUAUCAUUAGUGAUGUUUUAUUAAGUUUAUCUUAUGCAACCUUUUGAAAUGGAAUAAUUAAUCAGUAGAUUAGGGUUGGCCAGCUUGAAGCAUGCAGGGGUAUGAACUAAAAAAAUGAUGUUUUAGUGUUUAGAUCAAGAGAAAAGUUGACAGAGGACAAUUCACUCAGAACACAUACAAAUAGAUAAAUAAAAAAGUGCUUUUUUGUAUUAAGUAAUGCUAAUUAAUACAGCUCUGGAAAAAAAAUAAAGAGAGCACUUCAGUUUCUGAAUCAGUUUCUCUGAUUUUGCUCUUUAUAGGUUUAUGUUUGAGUAAAAUGAACAUUGUUGUUUUAUUCUAUAAACUACAGACAACAUUUCUCCCAAAUUCCAAAUAAAAAUAUUCUCAUUUAGAGCAUUUAUUUACAGAAAAUGAGAAAUGACUGAAAUAACAAAAAAAUAUGUAGAACUUUCAGACCUCAAAUAAUGCAAAGAAAACAAGUUCAUAUUCAUAAAGUUUUAAGAGUUCAGAAAUCAAUAUUUGGUGGAAUAAUCCUGGUUUUUAAUCACAGUUUUUUUUCAUGCAUCUUGGCAUCAUGUUCUCUUCCUCCACCAGUCUUACACACUGCUUUUGGAUAACUUUAUGCUGCUUUACUCCUGGUGCAGAAAUUCAAGCAGUUCAGUUUGGUUUGAUGGCUUGGUUUUUAAUAGUACAUGGGCAUAGUCUCUAGUCUCUAGUCUCCAGAAUGUUCCUCCAGGUUCAGUGCAGUGGAGUUUGGAGCCUGUAGAUGUCUCUGUUGGUUUAUUUUUAUUUUAUCUCCUCUCCUCCUGCACUGCAUGUCCUUGUGUUGAAUCUGCUUGACACCCACGACUUUGUUCCAUUAUGUUGAAUAGCUGCUAAUAAAAAAUACAUUAAAAAAGUAAAA